AUUAUAUACACAUGCACAAGUACCUCUGGUAACUCCACUUCGACUGACGCAAACAACAUACAUUUCUAUCCUACCCUAUAAAUACACAUUAAAACAAACAAAUGAAUGAUAAACAAGUACUAGAUGUAAAUAUUCCCCAUGAAAAAACAGUUAAUUUUAAACUUGUCUACAUAGGUAGAUUCAUUUCAAGUAUUGAGCUUUAAAUACUGUAAUUCAACACAUGUUUUACUAUUAUCAUAUAUUCCUACACUGUAAUUCAAUACGUGGUUUACUAUUGUCAUAUAUAUUCGUCUAAAACGAAAUAGCUGAAUAAUGUAAAUACAAUCCUUUUGUGGGGUCUUAAAGUUGAUAGGACUUAACAAGAUAAAGGUCAAAUAAAAAAGAAUGGGAAGAAACAUUGUUAGAUUUCUUGUUGGUUUACUUGCUGUUAUGUCCACCUAUAUAAUAUCAUGGAGGAGAGGGACGAAAGUAGCGGACAAACUUUUAAAGGAAUAUGACUAUAUUGUCGUUGGGACAGGAUCAGCCGGUUCCGUCCUCGCCUCAAGGUUAUCGGAAGAUCCGGAAAACUCGGUUCUUCUUCUAGAAGCUGGCGGAGACGAUAUGGGUGAUAUAAUGUUGUCUACUCCAUUUUUAUACGCACUCCUUCAACAUUCUAAAUAUGACUGGGAUUUCUAUACAGUUAAACAAGAUAACAGUUUUUUGGGUCAUAAAGAAGAGAAAGCAUUUUGGCCACGAGGGAAAUGUUUAGGCGGAAGCAGUAAUCUGAACGGUAUGGUUCAUGUUCGUGGCAGUAGACAUGAUUUUGAUGAGUGGGCGUCCAUGGGGUGUGAGGGCUGGUCGUAUGAAGAUGUUCUACCAUACUUCCUUAAGUCAGAAGAUAUUUUAAUUGAUGACCUUAAAGAUUCAAAGUAUCAUAAUUCGGGAGGUAUGUUGCCAAUAACUUACAACAACAUUACGUCAUUAUCUGAAACAAUAUCUGAGGCUGGUGCAGAGAUAGGAUAUAUGACAAAAGAUUGUAACGGUGCUGACAUGAUAGGUAUGUGCCACGUGCAAGGAACAGUUACAGCGAACGGACUUCGUGCGAGUACAUCAAGAAGUUUUAUCUGGCCAGUCAUGAAUAGAAACAAUCUACAUAUAUCAUUGCAUUCACAUGUUCGAAAGGUACUCAUAGAAAACAAGAGAGCAACUGGUGUGUCUGUGACAAAAAAUAACGAGACAUUGACAGUGAAGGCAAGGAAAGAAGUUAUUUUGUCAGCCGGUACUGUAAUGUCCCCAAAAAUCCUCAUGCUGUCUGGUAUUGGUCCGAAAACUCAUUUAAAAGACGUCGGGAUCAAUGUUAUUGCUGACUUACCAGUCGGACAAAACUUACAAGACCACCUCUAUGUUGGCUUAUCGUGUACUACAAACACAACUGAUCUCUUUUCAAAUUCAAAGAGUUCUCUGCUGUCUAGUAUUCUAGAGUACCUAUGGAAUGGAAAAGGUUGGCUGCGGAACACAGGCAUUGUUACAGAUUUAGCUUUCUUUCAACUUGAUGAUGAAAUAAGAAAGACCAGACCUGGUCAACCGGACGUACAGUUACACUUUAUACCCCUGUUGGUAGAAAACAGUGACGAUGAAGUAAAACAGUUUCUGACCUUCAAAGAUGAGGGUUGGGAGUAUUUAGAUAGAUUAAAAGAAAGCGGUGAUGGAAAGCUGGGAUUUUCUGUACUUGUUAGUGAUUUACACCCUAGAAGUCGUGGUGAAAUAAAACUUAACAAAAGCGACCCAUUUGGAGUCCCGGAAAUCAUUCCAAACUACCUCCAGCAUUCAAACGACAUCAAAUUGCUUAUUAAAGGAAUAAGAGAAACUAUUCGACUUCUUAAAACAAAAGCAAUGAGGAGUAUAGGAGUGAAUAUUGAGGACAAAAACAGGGCAUAUCCCAAGUGUGCACAUCACGGGUUUCUCUCUGACGCAUACUUUGAAUGUUUCAUUAGGCAUUUUGGAACUACACAAUACCACCCUACAUCUACUUGUAAAAUGGGUAGAAUGGAAGACCCGGCGUCAGUGGUUGAUAAUAAACUCAGGGUAAAAGGUAUCCAAGGUUUACGAGUAGCAGACGCCUCUGUGAUGCCAAAAGUAACUUCCGGUAACACAAACGCCCCAACGAUCAUGAUUGCGGAAAAAGCAGCCGAUCUUAUCAGAAAUAUUGAUACAGUGAAGGAUAUUCGUAUGAAGUUAAAACAUGUUAAAUAAUGUUAGGUUAUAAACAUAGCAUACACGUGAUUUUCUGUCUUGAAUAAUAAGAUGAGAAUCAAAUGAGGAAGUGUCUCAGAGAUCGAUCUGAAGGAAUAAGGUCUGAAAAAUGGUAAAUAUAUACUUUGGGGUAUUCACUUGUCAUAAUUUGAGUACACAGAUAUCUCCGAAAUACAGAAUGGUUCAGAUAGAGUUGGAAUUUCAUUUUAUUCUUUUUAAAGCUUUCACUUGUACAGUUACUGCACAACAACGAAUUUUAAUACGUAUUGUAUUUCUUUAUUAACUUUUGAUUUUGAAUUAACUACGCUAACAUACCAUUGCGCGUUUUGCCUUGUCUUUAACAACCUUUUUUACGCUUUCAAUCACUGUUAACUGCUUAUAACUAUUUUCCUACAACGUUACAAAUAAAUUUAAUGUUAUGAGCAUUUAUGUUUAUAAACAAUCUUUCAAGUCUUGUUAUAUCACAAAAUAUAAUAUCAUGAAAUAAACAUUAUUUUAUUCAAAAAUAAAAAAGAAAAGAAAAUUGACUUCUUUUUGUGUAUUUUUAUGUUGAACUCACACCUGUAUCUGUCUUUCUUUGACAAUUGCACAUUCUGUAAUGUAAACUUUGAAGAAUUACUUUUGAUACCAACAUGUUUUAUUAUAUUGUAUCUAACAUUAACUUGUUUUUUCUUUAUUUAUGUGUCAGCGAAUAUUUAGGAGGAAGUUAACGUUCUGAGAAUACAGUAUGUAUCGUUUUAGCGAGCACUAUUUUCUAAUGGCUAAAAUUUAAUCGUCAAGUAAAUUGUCAAAAAUGAGCAUUAUACAAGAUGACUACUUAUCUUAAAAUGUUGUUUUAGGAACAUCUUUUUUCACUUUAAGAAAUAACAGUAGUACUAUUCAUGUCGAAAAUCACAGAUAUAUAUAUAUGAAUAAUAUUUAUACCUACGAGUGAGAGCACAGACAUUGAAAAUACCGGAGAUGGAGUACCUCAUUGUUGUGAACUAUUUUAUUUUUCUUACAGUGGCAUGUGAAAAUUACAUUACAUGUAGAGUAAUGUACUUAAACCCUUUUCCAUUGCUUCAGUUCU